GGAGUUUCAGCCUUUUUUUCCGCAGAGGCUGAAGCUCGGAGCGGCCGUCCCUGGCCGUUCCUGACAGAGCUUACAAGACUCUUUCAGAAGUGCAGAACUUCGGGCAGUGUUUUCAUAACGCUGAAGAAAUAUGAUGGUCGAACAAAACCAGUCCCGCGCAAAGGCCACGUAGAAGGUUUUGAACCAGCAGACAAUAAGUGUCUUUUAAGAGCAACUGAUGGAAAGAAGAAAAUUAGCACAGUGGUGAGCUCAAAGGAAGUGAAUAAAUUCCAGAUGGCAUACUCAAAUUUGCUGAGAGCUAACAUGGAUGGCUUGAAGAAAAAAGACAAGAAAAGCAAAAACAAGAAGAGUAAAGCAACACAGUGAUGGAACAGUGUCCUAGCAUCACUUUAACAGACCAGACCCUUGCCCAAAGCAAAGUCCAUUUCUUUUUGAGUUACCACUUGUCUUUGGCUUUCCUUCCAGCAGGAUACUGGGAUGUGAUCAGUAUUCGUGUUUAAACUGAAAGCCAAAAGUGCUUUCUGUGGAUUGUUGUACGGCAGGAGUAUUUACAGGGUUAUACUGCAAUAGCUUUACACUCGACUGCCAACUAGUUUUGUACUUAUACUGCUGUUUGUUUUGUAUUAUACAAGUGGGCAGUGUAAAACCCAUUGGGAGGGGGUAACACAGGGUGAAGAGAAAUGCACAGCAACAUGAGCAAAGUGAUGCUAGAACAGAAGUCUCAGUGACAGAUGCCCAAUUUUAUAGAUAAGCCUCAGUAGUAGUAGGGAAGGUGGGUGCCAACAUAUUAUUAGGAACGGCAGCUUUCCUUUUUCUUAUUUUGAGGGACAUGUCUACAUGAUGCAGUGCAGAUAUCCCUAAGGCAGUACAGUGCCUGAGCUCUCACAGAGCUAAUCAAUCAGCUGUGUCUUUGCUCCAUGCUGAUACAGCUCUGCUGAUUCUAGUUGGGGUUGGGGAGAGGGCAGGAGUCUGCAUCAUGUUCCAUUUAGACAUGGCUUAAGACUGCUCAUGUCAACAGAACCCUUUUUUUUUUUUU